AUGCCGAUUCGAACAUAUUUAUUUAAUCGAUUUAAUGAUAAAAAAUUUCGACUCAAUGGUAUCAGCCUAUCAAGCCGAUUACCAGAGAAAGAAAACUUACGACAGUCUUUUUCUGAUCAUGUCCUAUAUAGUAAUGAUCAACUUCCACCAAAAGUUGACCUUGGACCUUAUAUGACAACUGUUGAAGACCAAUCUAAAAUUGGUAGUUGUACAGCUAAUUCACUUGCGGGAGCUUAUGAAUAUUUGUUAAAAAAAAGGAAUGAGUCGAAUAUUGAUGUGAGUCGUUUAUUUAUUUAUUACAAUGGACGUGCUAAGAAAGAUCAGACGGCUGCGAUAACUGAUAAAGGCUGUUCAAUGACCAAUGCUAUUGAAGCAUUAGAAGAAUUUGGUACUUGUUUUGAAUCACUUUGGCCUUAUGAUAUAUCAUCUGUUAAUGUACGACCUCCUGAUGAAGCCUAUGAACAAGCUAAAGAUCAUCAAAUAACUUCUGCAUUUAAAAUAAAUAUUGAUUUACAUGAAAUGAAAUCAUGUCUGGCGCAAGGUUUUCCAUUUGCAUUUGGUUUACGAUUGUAUAAAUCGUUUGAUAAAGCAGGUAAAACUGGUUUUGUACCAAUGCCAAAUCAAGAUGAACAAAGUCGAAGUGAACAUGGCAGACAUGCAUUGUUAGCUGUCGGUUAUAGUGACCAAUCAAGAGUAUUUAUUGUUCGAAAUUCAUGGGGAGAUGAUUGGGGUGAUCAAGGAUAUUGUUAUAUUCCAUAUGAUUAUUUAGCAAAUCCAGAUUUAUGUUUUGAUGUAUGGACCAUUCAUCAAGUAGAAAAUGAUGAUAUGGGUCAGGAACAUUGGGAUAAUGAUGACUAUGUUGAUUAUCGAUGGAGAGCAGCAGAAAACAAUGAUGAUAAUGAUGAUUAUCAUGAAAUUCAAGAUAUCGAUGAAGACGAAGGAAAUGAGUUAACUGACACUAGUAGUGCAUCAGACAGUAAUGCCGAAGAUUAA